AUGCAGGGUUAUCCACAGCAACAACCCUAUGGGGACUACUCCGCAACAGCUUAUCCGCAGCAACAACAACAACAACAGCAGCAGCAACAGCAACAACAAUAUUCAUACGGCACAAAUGCAGUUAGUGGGGAUUAUGGAUCGUAUUACUCCCCAACUGUGACCGGUGAUCCACAUAGUGAUAUGAGUUCCACUGCCUACGGUGGGGUGUACAGUGGGCAACAAUACGUUCAACAACAACAACAACAACAACAACAACCUCAGCAGCAGCAGCAACAACAAUCACAGCAACAACAACAAAAUCAGACUAAUAAUGGCUAUAACAUCAACAAUGUUAACAGCCUUCCACAGUGGCAACAAACUUACAAUUAUCAAGAGCAAAACUAUGGUGCGAGUAAUGUUGGUAACGGUGGAGUGGAUGCCAUGGGAAUGACUGGAUCAUCCUCUGCCCAAUCUGUUGCCUUUGGAACUGGUGGGAAUGCUGCUAAUACUCAAGGUCUUGGGUAUGAUCAAUCCGUGGCAUCUCCAAAUGCUACGGAUGAGAAUGGACUUCGCUGGACGUGGAGCACGUAUCCAAAUACGUACCGCGAUUCCAAAUCUGAACAUGUCUCUGCUGUUUCUAUUCCUAUGCCAGAAAUGAUUAUUCCACUUGCUUGUAUGUAUACACCUUUACAACCUAUUGAUGUGAGUCAUUUGGUGAUUGGUGAUCCAGCGGCGAAGGGUCAACAGUGUCCAAACUGUGGAGCCUUUUGGAAUAAACACUGUUACCGUGAAGAGGGAAAGUUUUGGGUGUGUCUCUCUUGUCUACGGCGUAAUCCCACACCGCCUAGUUACAAUCCCCAACACCCGGCAUUACAUUACGAUACUGUGGAGUAUAUUCCUCCUAUUACAUCACCAGCCACUCAACCGCUUUUAGGCACAGGAACAGAAGAAGAAGCCGCAGCAGUAGCUAGAGGAACAGCACCAACACGACCAACCUUUAUUUUUAUUAUUGAUACUUGUAUCCCAUUAGAGGAGUUAGAAGCAUUAAAGAGUAAUAUUGUACGUUGUCUUGAUUGGUUACCCUCACAAUCACUUAUUGGACUUAUUUCCUUUGGUGCUCGUGUUUCCGUAUGGGAGUUAGGAAAUUCCGCAUUACCACGUUGCUACAGUAUACGUGGAGAUAGAGCCUAUGACCAGGCAGAACUGGCAACAAUGCUACAGUUAACAGAUGCUCUACCUGUGCGGGGACGAUUUCUGGCGACACUUGAAGAAUGUGAAUUUACAUUGACAACGUUAGUAGAGGAAUUGCAAUGUGAUGAUAGUGUAACUCCUAGUAAUAAACGACCAUUACGUACAACAGGAACAGCCGUUAGUGUUGGUGUACGUCUGUUAGAGGCAUUUCACCAUGGUCCUACUGCCACAGCAGCAGCAGCAGCAGCAGCAACCACAACCACAACAGCAAAUAAAAAUUCAACAUCUCAUUUUGCAAUGGGAGGAAGACUUCUUCUUUUCACUGGUGGACCAUGUACACGUGGACCUGGUACAGUUGUAAGUAUUGAAAAAGAAAAAAUGAUGCGUUUUCAUCGUGAUAUCAUUGAUGGAGAUACACCUUUUUAUGAUUCCGCCUCUAAGAUGUACAAUGAAUUGGAGAAACGACUUUCCGAUGUACAUGCAUGUCUUGAUGUCUUUGCAGAGAGUUUUGAUCAAGUAGGUAUUUUAGAAAUGCGUCAAGCAGUAAAUCAAACAGGAGGUACAUUUAUAUGUGGUGAUGCCUUUAAUCAUCAUAUGUUUUCCACUUCAUUACAACGUUACUUUGACCGUUGUGAUCUUCGUAUUCGUGCGAUGGAAACAGGUGGUGGGGAUGAAUCUAAUUUUAUUGUGCGCAGUGCCUUUGGUGUGGCCUUUGAGGUUCACACCUCUGCAGAUACACUUGUGAGUGGUGUACUUGGUCCUUGUGUGGUGGAUGAGAAGGCCAACAGCGUUAAACCACAUCGGCAGUCUUCUCCUAUUCAAGUGGGUGUAGGCGGUACAACGCGUUGGCGUGUAAGUACAAUUGAUCAAGGCGUUACUUACACCUUUGUGUUUGAUACCGCUACGUUAAGUAAAAAAGGAGGCGGUGAUGUUUCCAACACCAACAAUGCCACUGCCUCCUCUCUUACUGGCAAUAGCCUUAGUAGUAAUAGUAAUAAUAAUAAUAAUUUUCAUCAUAGUAAUGGUAGUACGACUGGUGGUGGAGAUUCGAAACGUCGUUUUGUGCAAUUCGUGACUCGUUUCCGCACUCCUCACGGUGAAUCUCGUGUACGCGUGACCAGUGUGGUUCUUCCCAUUUCAGCAACGCCCAGCGGCAACUCCACAGGCGGAAUGAAUCCAUCUUUACCGGCUGGUGCUGGUGUGUUUGAUCAGACCUGUGCGGCUACGGUGUUGGCGCGGGUGGCGGUAUCACUAUUGGAGCGACAUCCCAGUCGUUGGGAUGCGGCCACGCGGUGGUUGGAUACACUGCUGGUGCGAUUUGUGCGUCGACAUGCGGUGUUUACACCCGGCGUUCCGGAUUCCCUUCGUUUGCAUUCCUCACUCUCUCUCUUUCCAUCCUUUGUGUUUAAUCUACGGCGAUCGGAGUACUUUAUGAUGCUGAAUAUAUCCCCAGAUGAGACGGUGUUUAAACGACAUUGGCUUAUGCGGGAACAGGUGGAUAAUUGUGUACGGAUGAUUCAACCAACACUACAUUCAUAUGAUAUAGAAACACCCAUGGCCACACCCGUUCCAUUAGACAGCUGUAGUCUUCGAACAGAUAAUAUUCUUCUUAUGGAUGCCUUCUUUAAUAUUCACAUUAUGUGGGGAACCACCAUUUAUGCCUGGAUACAGGCAAAGUAUCAAGAUGACCCAGAAUAUGCCUACUUUGCACAACUAUUAAAUACAGUGGAGGAUGAUGCGAAUGCACUGCUGGAUGUACGAUAUCCAUAUCCCCGUUUUUCACGCACAGACGCGAAUGGAUCGGAAGCACGGCAUAUUAAAACUCGUAUGAAUCCCACUACUACACAUCAUAGUGGUAGUGGAGCAGGAUAUGGAAAUACGGCAAAUGUGGCUUCUGCAGCCGGUGAUAAUUCCGAUGUCAUUUACACAGAUGAAGCCUCUAUAGUCAAAUUUAUGGAAUCACUGAAGAAGGCAGUCGUCUCAGUUGGUACAAAAGGUGAUGGCUCAAGCAAUAAUAACAAUGGAAGUUGGUAG